UUACAGGAUUUUAGUGGGACAUAAUGGGAAGAAUAUCAGUCUCCUUGUUGGGAUUUUUGUUUUUAGCAUUAUGUUUGAGGGCAUCCAUGGCAGAAGGCACAGGAUAUGUGAAAUACAAAGACCCAAAACAACGGCUUGGUGCUAGGAUGAAGAAUCUCAUGAACCAAAUGACUCUUGAAGAAAAGAUUGGCCAGAUGGUCCAAAUUGAAAGGCUCAAUGCCACUGCCGAUGUCAUGAAGAAUUACUUUAUUGGGAGUGUUUUAAGUGGUGGAGGGAGUGUGCCUGCUCCAGAGGCUUCUCCACAGCAAUGGGUUGAUAUGGUGAAUGAAUUUCAGAAAGGUGCUCUUGCCACCCGUCUUGGAAUCCCUAUGAUAUAUGGAAUUGAUGCUGUUCAUGGCCACAACAAUGUUUACAAGGCAACCAUUUUCCCACAUAAUGUGGGCCUUGGAGUCACCAGGGAUCCUAAUCUUGUAAAAAGGAUUGGUGCAACAACUGCACUUGAAGUUCGAGCCACUGGAAUCCCAUACGCUUUCGCUCCAUGUAUUGCGGUUUGCAGAGAUCCAAGGUGGGGUCGGUGCUAUGAGAGCUAUAGCGAGGACCCCAAGAUUGUUCGGAUGAUGACAGAGAUCAUCCCAGGUUUGCAAGGGGAUAUUCCUCCGACAUUUAAAAAGGGAAAACCUUAUAUUGGUGGAAAGCAAAAGGUGGCAGGUUGCGCAAAGCAUUAUGUUGGUGAUGGAGGAACGGUGAAUGGCAUAAAUGAAAACAACACCAUAGUUAGCCAGCAUGGUCUGUACAGCAUCCACAUGCCUGCAUACUAUGACUCAAUCAUCAAGGGUGUUGCUACCGUUAUGGCUUCCUACUCCAGUUUGAAUGGACUCAAGAUGCAUGCUAACCGUCAGAUGCUCACUGGCUUUCUCAAAGACACCCUCAAGUUCAAGGGUUUCGUCAUCUCAGACUGGCAAGGAAUUGAUAGGAUUACCUAUCCAGAACAUGCAAACUACACUUACUCUAUUCAAACUUCAAUUCUAGCUGGUGUUGACAUGGUGAUGGUUCCUUAUGAUUACCCUGAAUUUAUCAAUGAACUGACCAAUCUGGUUAAGAAGGAAGUCAUUCCAAUGAGCCGCAUAAAUGAUGCAGUAAAGAGGAUCUUGCGAGUCAAGUUUUCUUUGGGUCUCUUCGAGAACCCCCUGGCUGAUUACAGUCUAGUUGAUAAAGUUGGAUGCAAGGAGCAUAGAGAACUGGCUAGGGAAGCUGUGAGGAAAUCACUUGUGUUGUUGAAAAAUGGCAAAUCUGAAUCUGCUGGGCCUCUGUUGCCACUGGCUAAGAAAGUGCCUAAGAUUCUUGUUGCUGGGAGCCAUGCAGACAACUUGGGCUAUCAAUGUGGUGGAUGGACGAUCGAAUGGCAGGGACUCGGCGGCAACAACCUCACUGCCGGAACCACCAUCCUCAAUGCCAUCAAAGCCACUGUUGACACAAGCACCCAGGUGGUCUUCAAUGAGAACCCUGACCCUGCCUUUGUCAGCUCCAAUGGCUUCUCCUAUGCCAUUGUUGUAGUAGGGGAGCAACCAUAUGCAGAGACAAAAGGUGAUAAUUUGAAUCUCACUCUCCCUGAGCCUGGCCCAAGCACAAUCAACAAUGUCUGCGGGGCUGUCAAGUGUGUUGUAGUCGUCAUCUCCGGCCGUCCGCUCGUGAUUGAACCAUAUCUUGCAUCAGUGGAUGCUCUUGUGGCUGCAUGGCUCCCAGGUAGCGAAGGUCAAGGUGUAGCUGAUGUUCUUUUCGGCGACUAUGGAUUUACCGGCAAGCUUGCUCGAACCUGGCUUAAACGAGUUGAUCAGCUCCCCAUGAAUGUUGGGGAUCAACAUUAUGACCCACUUUUCCCAUUUGGAUUUGGCCUUACAACUAAUCCUUUGAGGCAAAGCUGA